AGACCCGCGUGACGCCAAAUAGACACGCGCUGACCAGUGUGUUUACAUCAGAGACAAGUGCCUCGCAGUUUGAAAGAGCACAUGUGGAUGGACUGAAUAAUUCAUAACGUAAGAUGAGCAACAGUGCUGCGAGCCCAAUGGCAGCUAGCAGCAGCACCACGGCCGGACGCGCAUCCGGAAAGACCACCAGCUUCAUCCCUGAGCUUCAGAGCAUGAUGUUUGCUCUUGGUGAUGCUCGCAGACCACUGCACGAGACCGCCGCUCUGGUGGAGGACAUAGUGCACACCCAGCUCGUCAACCUCCUCCAUCAGGCUGCAGAGGUGGCUCUCCUGAGAGGGGCCAGGGCCAUUUCACCAGAGGAUAUCAUAUUUCUAAUGAGGAAAGACAAGGUAAAAGCACACCAAUAUGAGACAUUACCACAACAUAAAUCAUUAGCUAUUUCUGUCAUUGACAACCAGACAUUACUUCACAGAAACAAAUACAGCAGCAGCAGUAGUGUCAACAAGAGGCAGCGUCUGCUGCAGGACUUCAUGAGCUCCAUCGACCAGACGGGGGAAUUCCUGACGCUGGUGGAGGAAGAGGAGGUAGAUGAAGUCAAGCAGGAGCGGCUGGAGAGAAUUGAGAAGGUGACCAGAAACAUGGAUUCUAGUCAGUACAGUGAUUUCUGUGAAAGUCGGCAGCUGAGUUUUUCCAAGAAGGCCUCGAAAUUCCGUGAGUGGCUGGACUGCAGCAGUCUGGAUGUGAAGCCCAAUGCCAUGUCCAUGGAGAUCCUGUCCUAUCUGGCCUACGAGACGGUGGCCCAGGUUGUUGACCUUGCCCUGUUGGUUAAACAAGAUAUGACUCCCAAAACAGGCGAUCCUUUUCAACACGCCAUAUCAGCAACUUUCAUCCAGUACUGCAAUUCCUCGGCUGAGGCUGCAAGCACCAAAAAGGAGACGGACUCUCCGGAAAACACACCGCCAUCCACUCCCAGCGGCCCGCUGACGGGACACCAGGGAAAGAUGCACUCCAUGGCCCAGGGCAACGGUGGGCCGAACCAAGAUGGCAGCAGUAAGGUUAAACAGAGGAAAAGGAAGAAGAGCGCGGCGGCCUGUGGCACGGAGGCUCAGAGCAGUGCCAUCCAACCAGCCCACAUCAGAGAGGCCAUCAGGCGCUACAGCCACAAGAUUGGCCCGCUCUCCCCCUUCUCAAGUGCCUACCGCAGGAACGGGAUGACUUUCCUGGCCUGCUGAGGGGAAUGAGAGGAGGUCUGGAGGAGCCGGAGGAGUCUCCGUCUGCGUGUGUCUUUCACAGGAAGUGUUGUGGACUGGCACGGAUCUGGAUUGGACGCAUUUUGUUUAGUUGGUGUUCAUGUAAACUCUAGUAAUAUGAGUUUCCUCUUUUGUAAACAGGUUUAAUUUUGUAUUUUUAGUCGGUUACAACCAAUAUUCCAUAACAAUUUCAGCUUUUUUGACGAUGAUGAUGUGUAGAACUAGUUCCUGAUGCUUAACUGUUUUUUUUUUUUUUUUAUCUGUCUUUGUCUGGAAAGUAGGAUAAUGAAAACCCAUCUUUU